AUGAUCGUGUUGUGGGUUACACUGCUUCUCCUUCAGCAGGCGUGUAAGUAAGAAUAUUUCACUGUCAAAAUGUUCAUUUUGUCUGAAGUUUACAUAAUGUGAACAACCUUUCUCAUUUGAAUUCAUUGUUCUUUUUAUUUUUAUCUAGAUGCACUGAUCCCAGUGAAAACAGUUCCAGUUGGUGAACGUGUGACUUUUACAUGUUUCUUCCCUGACAUGUUAGACCAAACAGUCUGCUGGUACAAACAGAGUGCUGGAGAAACUCUGAAAGAAAUCCUGAGACUGAACAAAAAUACAAAGCCUGUGUAUGGACAAGAGUUUUCUGCUCCAAGAUUUAAUGUAAACAUCAAUGGAAAUACAAGCAGUCUGAUCAUUUCAAACAUAACUCCAGAGGAUGAGGGGAUCUAUCACUGUGGAGUAUCAGAGUUGGUAUAUAAGACUACCUGGAAUGCAACCUAUUUGUCAGUAACAGGUGAAUAUAAGAUCUGAUUCACUUCAUCUACUUAAGUGACACUGUGCUAACGUAUCUGAACAAUUUAAAGCAGCUUUUUUCAGUGUCUUUGUUUGGAGUCAUUUUUUAGAGAAAUUCUUAAUUUAGUAUUCAGUUUAUUUCAAAUAUCUCUGUUAUAAACUGUUUUUACUGGCUUGUGUUGUCUUAGAGAGGACUUCUGUGUUUAAUUGUGCUCUCUGUAAAACUUAGCCGAAUAUGAAACCAGAGGAGAUCUGCUGUUUAAGAACAAGCUGAAAACCUGCAAACAAGCCAGCAGUGUCUCAGCUCAGAGCCCUCAGAACCAGAUUUUCAACAUGAUAUAAUGUCUCCUGAUUAAACUCUUGUUCUGUCAAAUUUUGCAGGAAACACUAAGAAGACAUCAGACUUGACUGUGGUUCAGUCUCAGUCAGUCUCUGAUCCAGUCCAUCCAGGAGACUCGCUGUCUCUGCAGUGUUCAGUCCUCUCUGACUCUGAGAAUCAAACGUGUUCAGGAGGUCACCGUGUGUUCUGGUUCAGAGCUGGAUCAGAUAGAUCUCAUCCAGACCUCAUCUACACUGAUGGAAACAAACAAGCUGACUGUGACCAGAGAUCUGACCCUCAGAAAAGCUGUGUUUAUCACUUCUCUAAGAGCGUCAGCUCCUCUGAUGCUGGGACUUACUACUGCGCUGUGGCCACAUGUGGACGGAUUCUGUUUGGAGACGGAGCUCGAGUGGACAUCGGUACAACAAGACAAACAAAAACGGAGGAAAUAUUCUUGAUUUGUUGA